GGGCUAUAUACGACUAUAAAAUUUUUCAUCCGUAUUUUAACUCAAUGUGUUAAAAUACGGAUGAUCUAAAAAAUCGAUACAUACCUUACUCCUACAACUAAUUUCGUCAAAAAAUAAAACAUUGAUACAACAGUGUUACCAAAAAUACAGGGUUGUUGUUAAUUUACAGUUACCAUGGAAAUGCACAAAUUAGUCAUAACAUUUUUGUCUAGUAUGAUUUCAGUCAAAACAAAAGAUUUUACAGACAUACAAAAUGAUAUUAUCGAGAGGUAAAAACGACUCUGCCCACACUCGUCCAGUUCUCAGUGGGACAAGUUCAAAUUCGAAGAAGAAAUCGCCUUCUCUAGAGGAUUUUAUUAUUAAACGUGACUAUACAGGAGCUCGAGCAUUUCUGGAAUUUUCUCAUGACCCAGAAGAAGAAGAGGACAAAGAUAUUUCAAUUGAUCAAUGGAUUGCCUUUUGUUAUUUCCAUUUGGGAGAUUACCAAAAGUCAUUGGACAUGUAUAGACAUAUAUUCCAUAUUGAACCUGCAACGGAGGACAUUAACUUAAAUAUGGCAGUUUGCAUGUUCUACUUGGGCAUGUACGACGAUGCUCAAAAGCUGGUAGAACAAAUACCAAACACUUCUUUAAAAUUGCGGUUAAUGUUCCAUUUGGCCCACAAAUUCAGCAAUGAAGACCAAGUAAUGCAAUUACAUGAUUCCUUACAGGACAAUGUCCAAGACCAAUUAAGUGUUGCAUCGUUGCAUUACUUAAGGGCACAUUAUCAGGAGGCAAUUGAUAUUUAUAAACGUCUAUUACUAGAUAACAAAGAUUAUGUAGCAGUCAAUGUUUACUUGGCUCUUUGUUUUUACAAACUGGACUAUUAUGACAUGUCACAAGAAGUUUUAGAAGUUUAUCUUAAUAAAUAUCCCGAUAGUACUAUUGCCAUUAACCUCAAAGCAUGCAAUAGAUUUCGUCUUUUUAACGGACGAGUGGCAGAACAGGAAAUUAAAAAUAUUGUCGACAAUGGAACUUUCGGAGCAGAUCUCAUUAAACACAACUUGGUUGUGUUUAGAAAUGGCGAAGGGGCUUUGCAGGUUUUUCCAGGUCUUUUGGAUAUUGUCCCAGAAGCCAGACUUAAUUUGGCAAUAUUUUAUUUAAAGAAUGGCGACGUACAAGAAGCUCAUUCUUUGAUGAAGGAAAUACAACCUAGUGUACCGCACGAGUACAUUUUAAAAGGGGUGGUGCAUGCAGCACUCGGACAGCAACAGUGUUCGAAGGAGCACAUCAAAACAGCCCAGCAAAACCUUCACCUUGUGGGAAGUUCAGCAACUGAAUGUGAUACAAUACCUGGCAGGCAGAGCAUGGCUUCUGCUUUCUUCUUAUAUGGCCAAUUUGAGGAAGUCUUGGUUUACAUGAAUUCAAUACGCAGUUACUUUGUUAAUGAUGAUGUAUUCAACUACAACUUUGCACAAGCAAAAUGUGCCACUGGGUACUACAAGGAAGCUGAAGAAUUGCUAAUGCAAAUAACAGAUACCGACAUUAAAAAUCAACACACAUACUGCAUGGUUUUGGCCAAAUGUCACAUUCAUUCCGGUCGACCAGAAUUGGCCUGGAAUACUUUUCUCACGAGGGAUACUAACUCUGAAUCGUUUAUAUUACUCCAACUGAUCGCUAAUGAAUGCUAUAAGUGUGAGGAGUUUUGGGUUUCAGCAAAAGCGUUCGACAUGUUGGAAAAACUAGAUCCUAGUCCGGAAAACUGGGAAGGCAAACGUGGGGCUUGCGCUGGAGUAUUAUACAGUUUAGCUAAUAAGACUGAAAGGGGGCGGCCUAACAAUGGCGUAACUGAUGUCAUUUCUCUCCUUAGAGAUUCUCAGAAUACCCAAGCCGAGUCCAUGAUAAAGGCAAUACGGAAACAUAUGACAUCUUUCAAAUAAACAUCAAUAUAAUAAACAAAAAUAUACAUCCUGCUUGUUCAGUUUUACUUGUAUAAAUGAAUUUCUUAAUACGCUUAAUACGUACAUAUGUAUACGAAAAUUAAAUAUCCUUAAAGCAAAUCUUUGUGCAAAAUGUUCAUUUGAUUAUUUACACUCAAACAAAUAAAUAAGAAAAAUAAUAGAUGAAAAGAAAAUAACUACAAUGUGAUUAUAUUAGACCUCCUCUUUUCAUUGUUUCUCGAUUUUCAAAAGUAUUAUGUAUUUAUUUGCCGGUC